AUUUUAUUCCGGCUGGCUCGACGCUGGCACCCCAAAUCGCCUUAUGGUCGCUAAGACUUGAACGGUUUCUCUAUGUCUGCGAGAAUUUGUUUCGGUAAAAGCACUACGAGAUAAGGAGCGAGGACCGGAACGGGUUUCUCAUCGUGGACAUUUCUGUUACAUCUGAAGAUACGAGGCUUUUUCUACAAAUUUAAAGACAUACUUCGUCCCCCCGGUCCUGUGAUACAGGUGUUGUUGCCGUCCUGUGACGGAUUUAUCCUCUCAGCUGUCGGGUGUAAGGAGGAGAGGAAGCAGAGAUGCCGAAACCGAUCAACGUACGUGUGACCACCAUGGAUGCAGAGCUGGAGUUUGCCAUCCAACCUAAUACCACAGGAAAACAGCUCUUUGACCAGGUGGUGAAGACGGUGGGACUGCGGGAGGUCUGGUUCUUUGGCCUGCAGUAUGUGGACAGUAAAGGCUAUAUCACCUGGCUCAAACUCAACAAGAAGGUGACCCAGCAGGAUGUGAAGAAAGAGAACCCUCUGCAGUUUAAGUUCAGAGCCAAGUUCUUCCCUGAGGAUGUCUCAGAAGAACUAAUCCAGGAGAUCACCCAGAGACUCUUCUUCCUGCAGGUGAAGGAGGCCAUCCUGAACGAUGAAAACUACUGUCCCCCAGAGACAGCUGUGUUACUGGGGUCAUACGCUGUCCAAGCCAAGUAUGGAGACUACAACAAAGAUGUGCACAAGCCUGGGUACCUUACCCAUGACAGACUGCUGCCUCAGAGAGUCCUGGAGCAGCACAAGCUGACCAAGGAGCAGUGGGAGGACAGGAUACAGACUUGGCACGAAGAACACAGAGGAAUGCUCAGAGAGGACUCUAUGAUGGAAUAUCUUAAAAUCGCCCAGGACUUAGAGAUGUACGGAGUCAACUACUUUGAGAUCAAAAACAAGAAGGGCACACAGCUGUGGCUGGGCGUGGAUGCUCUUGGCCUCAACAUUUAUGAACACGAAGACAAGUUGACACCAAAGAUUGGCUUCCCCUGGAGUGAGAUUCGAAACAUCUCUUUCAAUGACAAGAAGUUUGUCAUCAAACCUAUUGACAAGAAAGCACCUGACUUUGUGUUCUAUGCCCCACGACUGCGCAUCAACAAGCGCAUCUUGGCAUUGUGUAUGGGUAACCACGAGUUGUACAUGAGGAGGAGAAAGCCCGACACCAUCGAGGUGCAGCAGAUGAAGGCUCAGGCCCGGGAGGAGAAGCACCACAAACAGAUGGAGAGGGCUCAGCUGGAGAAUGAGAAGAAAAAGCGCGAGUAUGCGGAGAAAGAGAAGGAGAGGAUAGAGCGUGAGAAGGACGAGCUCAUGGAGAGGCUGAGACAGAUUGAAGAGCAGACGAUGAGAGCUCAGAAAGAGCUUGAGGAGCAGACUCGCCUGGCCAUGGAGCUGGAGCAGGAGAGAAAGCGGGCGAGGGAGGAGGCCGAGAGACUGGAGAGAGAGAGGCAGGUUGCUGAGGAGGCCAAGGCAGAGCUGGCCAGACAGGCUGCAGACCAGCAGAAGACCCAGGAGCAACUGGCUUCUGAACUGGCUGAAUUCACAGCCAAGAUUGUUCUCCUGGAAGAAGCCAAGAAGAAGAAAGACGAAGAGGCCACAGAAUGGCAGCACAAGGCCCUGUCAGCACAGGAGGACCUGGAGAAGACCAAGGAGGAGCUGAAGACCGCAAUGACAGUGGUGCCGGUGCCUCCCGGCGGCAACGCUGAGAAUGAGCACGACGAGCAGGAUGAGAACCACGCGGAGGCCAGCGCCGAGCUCUCCAACGAGGGCGUCAGCCAGCUAGACCUCCGCAGUGAAGAGGCGCGUGUCACUGAGGCCCAGAAGAAUGAGAGGGUCAAACAACAGCUGCAGACGUUAAGUUCAGAGUUGGCCGAGGCCAGAGACGAAACCAAGAAGACGCAGAACGAUGUGCUCCACGCCGAGAACGUGAAAGCAGGCCGUGACAAAUACAAAACGCUGCGCCAGAUCCGAUCGGGCAACACGAAGCAGCGCAUCGAUGAGUUUGAGUCCAUGUGAGAAACGGCACCCCUGUCCCCUCGCCCAUCUUUCCCUCAGGGGUGUCUGCUCCCGAACUUUCCCCUCAGCAGCCGCUCAACUUUCAUGGACAACAGAUGCUGCCGUCCUUGUAAUCCCACCAAGUCCCCCUCAACGCCCACAAGGCAAUCCUGAGAAAUCAUCUUGUCAAAAACUGCCAAAGCCCCGCCCCACAUCUCCACUCUGAAAGUUACGGAUAUCUCCCUUCAUUUGGAGCUGCCUACACGCCACUCUGAACAAGCAAAGAUCGUUGUAAAGCAGAGAUUCUGUAAUCCUUAAGAGAAACUGUAAAACCAAAAUGAAAACAAUUGGAUUUUUUAUUUUGAGCAAACAUGGCCAUAGCAAGCUACUUUUGUUUUUUUUGUUUUUUUUUUUGUUUUGCUUGAUGACUUGUAUGUAAAGGUUUAGUAUAGGUCUUCAAUCUACCGUGUCCUCUCCUUGUUUUUAAGUUGUUUCCCUCUGCUUUAGUUUGACUCGUUUUAUUGAUGAUGCCCUUCUUUUUAGUUGUCUGUGGAACACAUUGAUGCUGGGUUCAGUCCCAGAACUCCGAGUAAAUACCGGAGUUUGGGGAUAAAUUAAGUCAGUAUUUUCAUUCAGCGUCAAAGCGCUGCUACCUUACAUGAUGUCAAACUAUAUCACAAGCUAGUUAUGCUAAUUCUCUUAGCAUCUGUGAGUCAUUAGAGAGCUGAGCUGAGCUCUAUUCAAUCAAUUCAAACUUAUGUGAAUGUUACACUUCGAUAAAAACACGACACUGCAGUAUUGUUAAAGUUUUGAUUUCAGGCUGAAUAUCAAAAAUAGCAGUAUUUUCAGAUUUUGAUGGAAAUCCUUUCUGUGAAUGACAUCGGGAAAAGAGCCACCCAACUUUGGUUUUGAUGAUUGAAUGUAGAAAAGGUAACAAAGGGAAAGUUUUUUUUUUUUUUUUUUUUUUUUAAACAUGCACAGGUGGUAGGAUAGCACGUAAUGAGCUUGUGCCACUGUGCUAUGGCCCUCGAGCUUAAAAGUGUUAUGAAGAUAAGCUAAUUUGUGUGUGUGUGUGUGUGUGUGUGUGUGUGUGUGUGUGUGUGUGUGUGUGUGUGUGUGUGUGUGUGUGUGUGUGUGUGUGUGUGUGUGUGUGUGUGUGUGUGUGUGUGUGUGUGUGUGUGUGUGUGUGUGUGUGUGUGUGUGUGUGUGUGUGUGUGUUCUCCAGAUGCAUCCCAGUGUUUCAUUCCCAGUCACCAUAGAUGGUUUUCUCUGCCUGCCAGCUCACAAAGGAACCCAGGGUAUUAAAUGGACAGCGAGAGGAACAGAUAGAUGAGCAUCAGCGUACGUCCCGGCUGUUUGUCUUUCUGUCCAGUUGUGUGAGUGUGUACGUGUGUGGAAGCCAAGUCCUGGCACCUCUCUGGCUGGGGAGCUUAUGAAAACAUCAGUCCUCGACCCGGGACAGAUCUCUACCUCAGUAAUGUUAGCAGUGGUGACUGACAGUCACACACUAAGGGUGCUCCCUCCUUCCCUCCCUCUCCAAAAAAACAAAAAGUCAUGAUUUUAGGUGGUCGCUGUUACUUUCUCGGGUGGCGCUCCUGGGCAGGCUACGUUUGGUCAGAGCCCAGUUGCUUUGUGGCUGUACGUUGGUUAAGGAUUUCAAGAGAACAUUAAGGGUCAAUGUAGAACAUACCUCCUGAGUGAGAUCUAAAAGUGUUAUUUCUUACAUUUAAAGCUAGUUUUAUAUAAUAAUCUCCACGCUCCUGGCCUUGCUCAGAUGUUUUCAUUCAUUCUGUCCAAGAAAGAAAAAGAAAUAUCCCAAACAAUGAGGAAGGUGAAAUAAAUAAAUAAUGCUGCAAAUAUCAGAAUGGAAAUUAACUUUUUUAUACAGAGAAUUUUCCUGUGAGGCAUUUGGUUCUAAGGAGCCACAGGUUGUUCACAGAGCUCGACGCUCGUUUAAAAGAAGGUUCUCGUGUAAAAUUAUUAAAAUGGCCUUCAACAUCUGCUCAGAACUUUGUCUCUUCGGUUACAAUUUCACUUUAAAGAGACCGUUUGCAGAGAGACUUGUGAAUACGUAAAGAGAAGAGUUUUUAGUUGGUCUUAAUGUGAAGGGACCUUGCUAUUAUGAUACAAAAUCUCUCCCGAUUCAAAUGGAGAGUAGGCCAAUUUCUUCCCACUAAAAUUCUCAUCUAACAGACAACAAAUUGACUCCAUCUUUCGUGGGGUGGAAAAUAUGUUCCAGGGUGCAUUUUUUUGAAAUGAGUGGACAUGAAGUUUUCCUUUUUUUUUUUUUUUUUUUUUUUUUUAUGAACAACAUGAUGAAAAAUGUAAAUGGUAUUAUUUGUUACGCUUUACUUGACAGCUGGUGUGGGUUGAUAUUUUUUUAAUAGUCAGAGUUUUAAAGUUAAAGCACUUGUAUGAAACAAGACACUGAAGCCUGCCUUUUGUGUUUAACUUCACAGUGUCCAUUGUUAGCGUUGUUUUGCCAUAGGAGGUAAAAAAAAAAAAAAAAGAUCUUGUGCUUCCAGCUCAUAUUUUUGUAUUGUGUUCAAAGACCCUAACCUAACCUAAACCAGCAACACGCAUCGCUAUACCGGACAGCUUCAUCGGAGGGGAAAACUCUUUUUGACGCAUCUACACCCCCAACCCCCCCUUCCCCCCCGUGUUCAAGCUGUAAGGCUUCAGUUGGACUCUUCACAGCAGAAUGUCAUUGGCCUGCCUGUCCCCUCCGAUGAAGCCAGCGUCUGUGAUGAUGCCUGCUCUGGCACCAGCUGUCACGUUUUGCCGUUUCUUUUUUUGUUUUUUUUCCUUAUGUUCAUGUUAGUAUUCUUAAGAUAGGAGGCACAGAUGGAUUGCAGUCCAUUUCAUUGGUUCACAAAUAAAAGUUUUAAAUUUUG